AUGAAUGACAUUGUACAGAAGACUGAGAUUCUGCUUUCUUCAUCUAAACCUGUCCAAAAAUCCUAUGUGCCUAAACUUCACAAGGGUGAUGUAAAGGAUAAAUUUGAAGCUAUGCAGAAAGCAAGGGAAGAAAGAAAUCAAAGGAGAUCUAGAGAUGAAAAGCAAAGAAGAAAAGAACAGUAUGUUAGAGAGAGAGAAUGGAACAGGAGAAAGCAGGAGAUGAAAGAACUGCUUGCUUCUGAUGAAGAAGAAGAAACAAAGUCUUCUAAAAUAGAAAAAGCAUAUGUUCCAAAGCUGACAGGAACUGUUAAAGGCAAGUUUGCAGAAAUGGAGAAGCAGAGACAAGAAGAAGAAAGAAAAAGAAUGGAGGAGGAAAGAAAGCGCAGAAUUGAACAAGAUAUGAUUGAGAAAAAGAAAAUUCAGCGAGAACUGGCAAAAAAAGCCCAGGAGAUUGAUGACAUAAACAAUACAGGAACUGAAUCAGCAUCAGAGGAAGGUGAUGAUUCGCUGCUGGUGACAGUAGUGCCUGUCAAACCUAACAAAACACCUGGAAAGAUUAAAAUAAAAUUUGAAGACCCAGGAAAUGAGAGAGAACAACAAGAAAAAAGAAAGCAAGAAGAAGAAAAGAGGAUAAGAUAUGAGGAACAAAAACAAUCCCUCAAGGAAGCCAAGUGUCUUUCAUUUGUCAUGGAUGAAGAUGAAAGCAGUGAAACAAAUGAACCUCUUUCUCCUGGGAAACUGAAAUUAACAUUUGAAGAACUGGAAAGACAAAGACAAGAAAAUCAAAGAAGGCAAGGAGAGGAGGAGGCAAGACAACGUUUGGAAGAGGAAAAACGUGCCUUUGAAGAAGCUAGACAACAAAUGGCAAACGAAGAGGAAGAAGAUAAUGAAAAUGAAAAUUCUAUUAAAGAAUUCCGUCCUGGUAAACUCAAACUCAGCUUUGAGGAGUUGGAAAGACAGAGGAGAGAGGAAGAAAAGAGGAAAGCAGAAGAAGAAGCCAGAAGACGCAUAGAAGAGGAGAAAAGGGCAUUUGCUGAAGCAAGGAAGAGUAUGGUACUGGAUGAUGAGACCCCAGAGAUGUUUAAAACAGUUUCUCAAGAAUCUCUUACACCAGGUAAACUGGAAAUUAAUUUUGAGGAGUUACUGAGACAAAAAAUGGAAGAAGAAAAGAGACGCACAGAAGAAGAGCGCAGGCAAAAGUUGGAAAUGGAGAAGCAAGAAUUUGAGCAGCUCAGACAAGAAAUGGGAGAGGAGGAGGAAGAGGCUGAAACCUUUGAAUUAAGCAGGGAAUAUGAAGAACUAAUAAAGUUAAAAAGAAGUGGUUCUAUUCAGGCAAAGAACUUAAAAAGCAAGUUUGAAAAAAUUGGAAAAUUGUCUGACGAAGAAAUACAGAAAAAAAUUGAAGAGGAGCGAGCUAGAAGAAGAGCAGUGGACCAGGAAAUAAAAGAGAGGGAAACAGAGAAAUUUCAUGAGGAUGAUGAAGUAGAUGUGAAGCCUGCCAAGAAAUCUGAGGCUCCAUUUACUCAUAAAGUAAACAUGAAGGCUAGAUUUGAGCAAAUGGCAAAGGCAAGGGAAGAAGAGGAACAAAGAAGAAUUGAGGAACAAAAAUUACUACGUAUGCAGUUUGAACAGAAGGAAAUUGAUGCUGCACUACAGAAGAAAAGGGAAGAGGAGGAAGAGGAAGAGGGAAGUAUUAUAAAUGGUUCUACUUAUGAAGAUGAAGAGAACCAAGCUCGGUCAGGAGCUCCAUGGUUCAAAAAACCCUUAAAGAAUGUAUCAGUUGUAGACAGCGAGCCAGUAAGAUUUACUGUUAAAAUUACGGGAGAGCCAAAACCUGAAGUCACAUGGUGGUUUGAAGGGGAAAUGUUGCAGGACUCUGAGGACUAUCAGUACAUUGAAAGAGGAGAAACUUACUGCCUUUACUUACCAGAAACUUUCCCAGAAGAUGAAGGAGAAUAUAUGUGUAAAGCGGUCAACAGCAGAGGCACAGCAGCUAGCACCUGUAUUCUCACCAUUGAAAGUAAGAGUUAAUGUUUUAUCUUGUUUUGUUUGAGUGCCUAAUUACUUUACACCUUUC